GCGAGAGAGAGAGCGAGAGCGAGCGAGCUCCGGUUAUUCCUCCGGGCUCCGGCCGAGCCUGUGUGGUCUCUCCGCUCUGUUGCUAAGGAAAUGGAUGGCGCGAACGGCUCCGCGGUCCGGGAUGAAUCGUGCUCCUCGCCCCCUCAGAAGCCUGCCGUGUUUACCGGAAUCACUGCGAACACCGUGACGCGCCAGCUCUGCACCAGCCGGGCCCAGUGGAGCUGCAGCUGAGGAGCCGGGGAACUGGGGGAUUCUGACUGGCAGCUGGUGCACCACCAAAGGAGGGGAGGGAGGCGGCGGGGGUCCACGAGCAGCGGUGCCGGAGCGGGGUGAAUGCUGCCCGGAGAGGACAACGGCUGAGGCGGCAGCGGCGUCGACUUGAAAAGCAGCAUGGCAUCCACGGGCAUGCAGAUAUUUGGAUUCGUCCUCGCUCUGCUGGGCAUCAUGGGCGCCAUGGUGGCCACUCUGCUGCCUAACUGGAAGGUGAGCGCAGAUGUGGGCUCCAACAUCAUCACAGCGAUCUCCCAGAUGCAGGGACUGUGGAUGGACUGCACAUGGUACAGCACAGGCAUGUUUAGUUGCACACUUAAGUAUUCAGUGCUUUCACUACCCGCAUACUUGCAGACUGCUCGCACCACUAUGGUGCUGUGCUGCGUACUGGCCGCCAUGGGCCUUUGCCUCGCCUCCCUGGGACUAAAAUGCACGCGCUGGGGAGGUGGACGGCGCUCCAAGCGACACGCCGCCAUCGCCAGCGGCGGCUGCUUCGUCGCUGCAGGCUUUCUGUGUCUGGUGCCUGCGUCUUGGUUUACCAACGAGGUCAUCACCAACUUCCUGGAUUCCAGCGUUCCCGAGAGCAAUAAGUUUGAGCCUGGAGGUGCCGUGUACGUUGCCUUUGUUUCCGCAGGUUUCCUCUUUGUGGGGGGGUCCAUUUUCUGUAUGUCCUGCUCGGGAAAGAGACACGGACCCCAGGAUCUGGUCCUGCUGCCCCCCCCUGACAAAUUGCUUCUCCAGCAGCAGCAACAACAGCUGCUCCAGCAGCAGCAGGAGCUCCAGCACCAGUACUGCUCUCUCUCCCCAUUAGACAAUAAGACGGGCUACAGCCUGCAGGACUACGUGUAAUAACGCAGUGCUGUGCACGCCAAAGGGAGACGAGCCCGAGGGGAAACAUCACGGCUUAUUCUACGCACUAGGAUCUACUCAAGGAUGGAGUUGGAGGAGAAAAAAAAAAAAAAGAGAGGAGAGCAACAACUUUGAAAUCAUAUUUUUCCUUCUGCUCCAUCUUCUUUUUUCUGUUUUGCAAGCACAAGCAGUGGAGGUAUUCCCUGAGCAGCGUGAAUGUGCAAGGAGCCAGGAUACCAGGAUAAGGUGCUGCAGAACUGAUGGAAGCUGCCAACCAAACGCAGACAUCCUUCAUCAGUAAAUCACACAGAGUUCCCUGUGGAAUGAAUUAAGCAAAUAAGGAAGCCUUGAGUGGAUUUUUUUUCCUCGCCAAAGGUUUAAAUUGAAGGAAAAAAAACAAAUUAUUUAGCUGCUAUUUACAAUCGUUCAGUCCUUCCUCUCAUUUGACAAAACAGGCAAUAUAAAGCCCAAGAGCAGUAGGUGGAAACCCUCACAUAGCAAGCCAUUGUAGUUUAUCGUAUGCUUGUCCACUAGAAUGCAACAUGGAAUCGACUAAUGAAAUAAACGGGCAUAUUUUUGUUAGCUACUA